GCCAGGGUUGUAUCCUUUCUUUUGAUGUCCGUACUUCAGAAUGUUGUGGUGGACGAGGUCUUCAGCUUCUGUGAAAAUGUCUGGAAACCCAAAGCAUUUGGGGAUUACAAAUGAGGUCAACACCAAGUUGUUGGUAUAAGUUCAGCAGAUUCACCUGAUUCCAUUCGUCAGACGGCUUUAAUAUCGCAGUGUCAUGGUGACAGCAGGACUUGCAGUCGCUGAGGAGGAGAUCAGCAAUGAUGGUUAAAAGUCCAGUGGUUGCACCGCCUGGUCAAGAGCAGUCUAACAGGCAUAUUUACCCACAGGCUGUGGAUGUCUUUCUAAGUGAAGUGCAAGGACAAGUUCCUCCCUCCCCCAAUUCAACACUCCAACAGCCAACUGAGAACCAUGUCUGGGCCUGCUUCUCUCUUUGAUGACACGCUGGAUCCUGUGGCCAGUCACGUUAAACACUGGAAGGAUCUGAAGAUCGACAGCACGUCUGGCCUCAGUCAGAGUGUUUACACGCCUUCUGGAUCUGCUCUAGAGGACACAGAGGUGACAGAUACUGAUGGUGGAGAUGCUGCUCAGAGUGGUCCUCUAUUUUUAGAACAGAAUGUGAAACAGAGAGGAGCUGCAGCACCUGAGCAGCAGGAAGCGUGCCCCGUGGUGACGCACCAUCCUGCCGAGAUCCCUUCUGCCUUUUCACUCCUGGACACAUCCUGUGACAACCUUCUGUUUGAGUGUGUGAACUCGACAGACGACACCUCACCAGACGUGCUUCGAAUAGUAAAACAUAAACCAAGUGCGAUUGUUUUUUGUGAUUAUGAAGGCAGCCUUGUCACUGUUGGGAAGGAGAGUUCUGACGGCAGGGAGUCCUCCUCUUCCUCCUCCGCUUCUAAAGAAGAGAGUGAAGAUGAAGAUGCUGACGUUGAUGAAUUCCCUGAAACUUUACAGUACAAGGAGUUUCUGGUCAGUCGCCAUCGUAGGAAUUUGAACAAAAACAGAAAGUUCCUGAGGAAGAGACCAGAGGUUCUGCUUCAUGGCCCUGCAGCUGACUGGCCAAAGACCUCCAACAACAAAAUGAGACCUGAGUGUGCAGGUGGCCAGGAGGAAGAGGAUACAUGGCAGCAGUGUGACUCCAUGAUCCUACUGAUGAAAAAAUUGGAUCAUCUCAGUGAGGGAAUUCAAAACAUUCAAAACUCUAAUUCCUGCCACACAAAUGACGUUCGAGUCAAGGAGGAGCAGCAGAGCACCAAGGGUGCCCAGACUGUGUUCGGGAUGACCGUCCGAACAGGCCCGGAUCAAGGAGUCCACAAAUCUCCAGACAAACCUGAGCCGCUGACCAGACGUCGCUCACGACCCUUGACCCGCAGCAGGCCACUGACCCGCUCCUCCCUCACGUCUCCUACGCACCUCCAAGCUCGUCAUGCCCGGGUUGCUGCAAAGACCAGCGGAUCAGCAGAGAUUGAGGCAAAGGAGGCUUGUGAUUGGCUUCGAGCAGCGGGGUUUCCACAGUAUGCCCAACUCUAUGAAGAUUCCCAGUUUCCAAUCAAUAUCUCCGCAGUGAAAAGGGACCAUGACUUUUUGGACCGAGAUCUGGUCGAACCUCUGUGUCGACGCCUCAAUACUCUGAACAAGUGUGCAUCCAUGAAACUCGAUGUAAGCCACCCCAAGAAGAAGAGUGAUGAUUCUGAUGAAGACGAUCCUUUGGCUAUCAGUAAGAGGUGGACAUUUGAGUGGAGCAGCCGCCGCUGGUCACGUCUGCAGGAUUUUCUAUUGGACAACACUAAUGAGAGCAGCCCGACAGGUCAAGGCGAGGGUCUGCGCAGCACAGUGAGCAGUGAGAGCAUACUGACGGACCUGAGUGAGCAGGAAAUCACUGAGAUCUCCUCACUCCACAGUGAGGACUCGGCCUCUGCCAUGCCUGACUCUAUAUCCAUGGCGUCUCUGUCUGCUUCCUAUCAACCACCGAGGGAACUUCCUCAUUAUAACUCCCUUCCCAUUAAAAGCAGCCGUCGUGGGCAAGGAGGAAAGAGUAAAGCCAAAGAGUUUCUACGCAAAAUGGAGCUGAUGCGAACCUGGGGGCCAUCGACAAUGAGGAAAAGCUCAAAUCGGAGGCCACAGCUGGUCAUCAGUGAGCCGGUGUUACAGGGGGAGGAGCCUCAUGCGCUUCAGGUGCUUCAGUGUACUCCCAUCAGCCAAUUGGAAAACAGCCCAAAACACAACCAUCACACAGAUGGCGAUGAGCCCCCUGUUUCUGACAGCAAAACAUCUCAAGACCAGAUUAUGCUAAAUGUGAGUCCAAGCAAAGAGACUGUAGCACCGAGCGUUCAGGACCCUGCAUGUACAAAACCGCGCACUGCCAGCAAGAGAAGCAGCAUGUACCUGGAGGAUAUGGAGUUGCCUUCUCAGGGCAAGAGGAUUGAGAGUCAGAGCCAGUUUGGCAGAAACCAAUUUCGCUCAUAUGAAAACCUCCUCAUUCACAUCCCCAAAGACCACAAGCCAGGCACUUUUCCCAAAGCUCUGUCCAUUGAAAGUCUGGCGCCUUCCCCCAGUGACAGGAACAAUAAUCCCCAGUCACAUAGCCAAACCUCCCCAAAUGAAAAUGGCCCAGGCGUACCUUUAUCUAAACCUGCCUGCCCUGGAGCUCCGAGGGGCAGCAGGGUGAGUGUUUACGACAACGUGCCGGGAUCCCACCUUUAUGCCAGCACAGGGGACCUUCUAGACUUUGAGAAGGACAAUCUGUUUCCUCACUUAGACGACAUCAUCCAGCACGUCAGUGGCUUGCAGCAGAUUGUGGACCACUGGAGCCGCAGUGUUUUGCCCGAGGGGGAAGGAGUGGAGGGGGAAGAGGGAGGGGAGGGCAGGACCACCCCCAGCGAAGGUGAGAGAGACGGGGUCUCCUUAAAUGACACCGAUUCAACAGGGACCAGUCGGGAGAGGCGGGACUCUGGAGUUGGGGCCUCGCUCACAAGACCUCGUCUCCGAUGGCCAAGUUUCAGAACGUCUGAUCAUCUCAACCAGCCAGCAUCUUCACUGCAGAUCAGCAGCCAGUCGGCGGGUCAGCUGAGCCUGCUGCAGAAGUUUUCUCUGCUCCGCCUCACCGCCAUCAUGGAGAAAUACUCCAUGUCUAACAAACAUGGCUGGACAUGGUCCGUGCCUAAGUUUAUGAAGCGUAUGAAGGUGCCAGACUACAAAGAGAAGAGUGUGUUUGGCGUUCCUCUGAUUGUUCAUGUCCAGCGCUGUGGGUUCCCACUUCCUCUGUGUUUACAACAGGCCCUCAGCCACCUCAGGACUUACUGUCUGGACCAGGUGGGAUUGUUCCGCAAGUCUGGCGUAAAGUCCCGGAUUCAGGCUUUGAGGCAGCAGUGCGAGUUGUCCCCUGACUGUGUAAACUACGACGACCAAUCUGCAUAUGAUGUGGCUGACAUGGUCAAACAGUUCUUCAGGGACUUACCCGAACCUCUGCUUACAAGCAAACUGGGGGAAACUUUCCUGCACAUUUACCAGUAUGUUCCUAAAGAACAGCGGUUGCAGGCCGUCAGGGCAGCCAUAUUGCUGAUGCCUGAUGAGAACAGGGAGGUUCUGCAGACUCUGCUCUACUUCUUGCGGGACGUCACCUCCUUGGUGGAGGAGAACCAGAUGACGCCGAUGAACCUCGCUGUUUGUCUGGGCCCAUCUCUGUUCCACCUCAGUAUCCUGAAGAACGAGAUGCUGUCACCAAGGUCAAUCCAGAAGAAGUACGCUACAGGCCGUCCAGAUCAGAAAGACCUGAGUGAGAACCUUGCUGCUACACAGGGCCUGGCACACAUGAUCACAGAGUGCCAACAUCUCUUCCAGAUCCCAGAGGAAAUGGUAACCCAGUCCCGCAACUCCUACAUGGAGGCCGCGCUGAUGGUGCCCCCGCUGGAGGAGCUUUGCAAGGUCCAGGAGGAGGAAGAUGUGGAUGAGGAAGUGGAAGAAGAGGAUGAGGAAGCAUCCUACAACGCACACAUAGAAGGGCUGAUCCAGAACCUGCUGAAAGAGGCCAAGGACAAGAGUAAAGGCUGGGUGUCUCGCUUGUCUUCUGACAACACAGAUCUGGCAUUUAAAAAGGUUGGAGACGGGAAUCCUCUGAGGAGGUGGCGAGUUUGUCUCGAGGUGUCGGCGUCUCCCUCUGAGGUCCUGCAGCGGCUCCUGAAGGAGCGCCUCAUGUGGCAGACAGAUCUCCAGCAGGAGAAGGUUCUGGAAACGCUGGACAAACAAACAGAUGUGUAUCAUUACAGCUGCUGCAAUAUGGCGCCUCAACCCUGCUAUGACUAUGUGGUACUAAGAUCGUGGCGUACAGACCUUUGUAAAGAAUCCUGUGCGCUGGUGUGCGUGUCCGUCGAGCAUGAUGACAGCCCGCGUGUUGGAGCUGUGAGGGGGGUUGUGUUGGAGUCACAAUACCUCCUUGAGCCCUGUGGGACAGGGAAGACCAGGCUCACACACAUCUCCAGAGUUGAUCUCAGGGGAAGAUCUCCAGAAUGGUACAACAAAGCGUUUGGUCAUUUGUGUGUUAAUGAAGCUCAGAGUAUCCGCUCCUCAUUCCUCCCAGGCGAUCAGAGUCCUGAGGCGAAGAACUGAGCUUCAAACAUAAUUCUUCAUCCUGAAAACCAGUUUAAUCAACCAGGCAUUUUUUUCUUGGUGCUAAGUUACAGUUCUGGUCAGAUAUGGAAUCAGUAAUUUGGGGCUUUUAAAGAUUUAUAAAACCCAUCCAAUUCGAUUUAUCAGAGUAAAUUGAUUAUCAAACAAAAACUGUCAUGAUUUUUGAAAGGAAUAACUACAUACACUACUUCAGAUUAUUUGUAAAUUUUCUGCGAUAAACACAAAGUCCAAAUUAUCAGGUCAGAAUUGGUAAUGUAAUUGCUUUUAAGCCUACUUCAUGCACUAUUUUAAACAGUUCAGUGUUCUCUGGUUUAAAGCCUUGCCGUAGCUCCUCAAAGCAAUCUUUGUUUCAUUUUGGUCAAAUAGUUCAAUGUAGAUGCGGAACAUCUUCCGGUUAAGAUUAAGCUUGAACCUUGAUGGUUGCUAUUAUAUAUUUUUUUGUCAACAUUCAAACCAAUUUUUCUUGUAAACUAUAAAAAAACAGAGGCAAUGCCUCAAAGGAGAUCACUUUAAACAAACUUCAGCCAGAAUAAUGGCAGAAAAUUAUAUAUAUAUGUAAAAUAAAAUAGGUUCUCAUUUCCAAGUUGUCCCAUUUGAAACUGAAGCGGGCGAAGGCGGAAGUGAACAUGAAAGAAUAAAUAAACAAAGUAGUUCUGUUUUUAGUGUGGCCAUAUAUAUAUAUAUAUAUAUAUAUAUAUAUAUAUAUAUAUAUAUAUAUAUAUAUAUAGAUGUAAACUUCUGACUUGGACUGUACAAUAUGCUGAUUGGGCACAUAGAAGAAAAGUGGUUUUAUUGUCAUUUCCAGGUAUUUUCAACAUAAUAUUUUAAUUUAUAAUAUAAAUUAUGAUACUGCAUUUCAGUCACAAUUUCAACAUUAUUUCCAGUUCUCAAUGUGUUCCAUAAUGAGAAUAGCAAUUUACUUUGCAAGUACUUGUAGCUAAGUGCAUUAUUAAAUUGAUGAUGUCUUGUAGAUAGAAAGCAAAUUCCAUAUUUAUUGCUUUGGUUUGUUCUACCAAAUACUUAGCAUUUAUUUUUAACAUCGUGAACAAACAAAACAAUGAGAGAUGAGAUAACACUCUAAUCCCCGUUGUACUUAUCUACAAUUUACAUAUCAUGCAAAUUUAUUUUCAAAUCAGCUGUUAAUUGAAGCUCAUAUAUUAUUAAAAUAACUAUUGUUAUUUAUUACUAUUAUAUUUCUCAAUAUUUGCGAAAACAUCAGAAGGCCUGCUUAUUCUACCAAUCUUAGAUUUGUUUUUAAAUUAAGCUGUAAAAGAGGUCUCGCUCACCUGUAACUUGACUUUAUACCAGUGAACUCUUUACAAAUAACAUGGGCAUGUGAUGUAUCUCCAGCUUUAGCUUGAUGAUAUGCCAAAUCAUUGUUCCAUUUGCACUUAUAAAAGUAUAAAAGUAAUUACAUAAAACUAUCAGAACUCCUUUUUUAAAAAAAUAAACAAAAUAUGGAUACAUGUCAGCACCGUGCUGUGAAAAGUUGACUUGUUUCAUGUAGAAGGUCCACACAAAGAACCACAUUGAAGGGGACGCAAUCACUGGGUCCAUAAAUGUGUUUUUAAUAUUUUAUGUACGAUUUCACAGAUGAUUUUCUUUUUCAGUCCCCACUUUCAGCGUUAAUCUUAUUCAAAAGUGUUCUUUUAUCUCUGUAUAUGGUAUUAUAGUUGUUGUUUUUUUCAUUUGUGUUAUACAAUGUCUAAGACAUGAGACCAUUUCACUGCUUCUGGGAAGCAUGUUUGAAACUUAGAGUGUGUGCAUGGUUGUGCCUGUGUAUCUGCAUUUCAAACACACUUACAGCCUGUACUGUAAACUCUCUGCAGCGCUCUCUGUGCCAUCACAGCUCUUCAGGGUCUUCCUAUCAUAUUGAUAAGCUGAAAUGUGAAAUUUCCACACACCAUCUGUAGGGAAGCAAUAGAGAAAAACUCGCUCCACCGUGGUACUGCCCUGGCUUUAAUGUUUGUUUCCGCUGUAGGCAGCAUUGCCAUGGUGUUGCUAUGAUAUAAUAUUAUCUCCACAGUGCCGCCAUAAUCCUCGCGUGGAUGCCUUUUGCUGGGUGACAGUGGCACGUGUGCAUGUGUGCGUAAGAAAGGAUUGAGAGACUCUGACGUGAGACCUUUGCUGUUUGUGGAGAGGUUCCAAACUUAGCUUAGAGCUGGAGGAUUUAUGCUUGUUAUUUUUGACAGUGACUGAAAACAAAGCUAUUGUUUCUAAAGAGGAGAAUAAAAAUUUUAAAGUGCA